CAUAUUUUGGGAAUUGUUUUUCUAAAAUAAAACUCUAUCUUCUCCCCCCUCAUUCCCUCAUCAUCUUCAAAAACCUCCACAAAACCUUAUCAAAUAAAGCCACCGGCGAUGGCGACGAUUGCAGCCGCCGUAGCGGCGGCUUCCUCCGCCUUCACCUCCCUCCACCUCACUCGCGCAACUCCCUACACGCGCCGCCACAUUCACACUCUCAUCACAUCCUCACUCUCCUCUUCCUCCUCAACUGAAUUCAACAUCACCUUCGCUCCUCCAAAACCAAAACCUAAUAAACCAGAACCCUCACUUCCCAUAAACCCUAAUUCCAGCUCGGACAUCGCCGAACUCGGUGAUCAACUCUAUAUUCCCUGGAUUGUUCGUGAUGAAAAAGGUAACCUCACUCUCCAAUCGACUCCUCCGGCGCGUCUACUCCACGACAUGGCUAAUGCUAGCACAAGUAAGAAGAAUAAUAAGAAGAGCAAGCAGAUUGCUGCUAAAGCCGCGACGGUGGGUCCUACAUCUGAGCCUAAGUAUUCAAAAGCGGCUCGCCGGUUUUAUAAUGAGAACUUUAGAGACCCUCCUCAACGCCUCAGUAAAGUCCUUGCUGCUUCCGGAGUGGCAUCCAGACGGAGCAGUGAAGAGCUGAUUUUUCAAGGUCGGGUUACCGUGAAUGGUUCUGUUUGCAAAACUCCACAGACUAAAGUAGAUCCAGCUAGAGAUGUAAUUUAUGUCAACGGAAAUCGUCUUCCGAAGAAAUUGCCUUCAAAGAUCUAUCUUGCACUAAACAAGCCAAAAGGGUACAUAUGCUCAUCCGGGGAGAAAGAAACUAAGUCAGUCAUGUCCCUUUUUGAUGAUUUUAUAAAGAGUUGGGAUAAAAGGCAUCCUGGACAACCAAAACCUCGGCUCUUUACAGUAGGCCGACUUGAUGUUGCCACGACUGGCUUGAUUAUUGUGACUAAUGAUGGGGAGUUCGCGCACCAGAUUUCACAUCCUUCGUCUAAUUUGUCAAAGGAAUACAUUGCAACUAUUGAUGGUGAAAUACAUAAGCGACACUUGAUAGCCAUUAGUGAGGGAACAGUCAUUGAUGGUGUCCAUUGCACCCCAGAUGCUGUGGAACUACUACCACGACAACCUGAUGUACCAAGACCUCGUCUGCGUAUUGUGGUUCAUGAAGGACGGAAUCAUGAAGUUCGUGAGCUUGUGAAAAAUGCUGGACUUCAGUUGCGUGCACUGAAACGUAUACGUAUAGGUGGUUUCAGGCUUCCAUCAGAUCUUGCGCUUGGCAAGCAUGUUGAAUUAAAUCAAGCUAAUCUGAGGGCAUUGGGUUGGAAGAGUCAAAAGUUAGAUGAGGUCAAAACCUAGUCUCGUAACUACAUGCACCAAAUGGGCAUAACUAUCAAGGAUUAUGUAGAAGAAUAGUCGAGGUGCGCACAAGCUGACCCGGAUAAAAGAAAAAGAAUUUGGUUGUGACUGGUUAGUCGCAUUCACUUCUGCAUGUCCUAAACCUUCCAAAUCUUGAGGAUCUAAUGGUGUUUUAGUCCUUGCAAGAUGAAUUCCCAUAUGUCAGCUAUCAUCAGUAAGUAUUCCUGAAAUUGGAAGCUUAGUACCUCCAUUAGAUACAUCUCUCAGACUAUAUGCCAAUGAGCAAGCAACAGGGCUGUAAAAUUGUACAUAGCACAGUUAUGUGGUUGAUGAAUGUACAAUGUUUUCUACAGAGAACUUGUACUUUUUAUUUUUAAAAUUCA